AUGACUGUUGAAAAUCCAGAGAAGUACAGUUCAACAGAGACGGUCAAUUCUCAAUAUUUUUACCAGAAAUCUGACAGUUCUGACCCUAACCAAUUAACCACCAUGACUGUGAUAAGUUUGUCACCAGAAUUUAAUUUUAAAAAUGCAGAGAAAAACGGUGUUGAUGUAGAUAAAGGAAAAUCCCUAGACUCAGUCCUAUGUUCAGCAAGUGAAACCAAAGAAAUUCUAAAAAAAGAAAAAUGGUACUCGGUAGGAAUUCAAAUAUUCAUUCCAUUUAUGAUAGCAGGUGUUGGAACUAUAGGGGCGGGAGUAGUGCUUGGAAAAGUAGAAGAAUACAAAGUUUUUAAAGAAGUGCGUGCUCUUUAUGUGUUGGUACCUGCUCUUUUGGGACUUAAGGGAAAUUUGGACAUGUGCUUAGCAUCCAGGCUUUCUACACAAGCAAAUUUGGGCAAUAUGAAAGGAAAAAAAGAAGUUUUUAAGAUGAUUAUUGGCAAUAUUGGACUAGUACAAAUCCAAGCAAUAGUGGCUUCUUGCAUAGUAUCAGUAUUUGCAAUUGGUGCUUCUGUAGUAUUGAAUGGGCAUUUUAGGUGGAGUCACGCCUAUCUUGUAACAGCCUCCUCAGUAUUAACUGCCACUUUGUCCUGUUUUACUUUGGAUUUCGUACUUAUAACAGUGAUAUUUAUCUCUCACCGUAUCAAGCUCAAUCCAGAUAAUUUAGCAACACCAUUGGCAGCUAGCAUUGGUGAUGUUGUCUCUCUUUUAGUGUUAUCUAGUUGGGCUAGAUUACUUUUUAACAUACAUGAGCAUCAUCAGUGGGUGAUGUUUAUUAUACUAGCAGUAUUUUUAUUGUUCCUAUUACCAGGCUGGGUUUUUAUUGUACGGAAAAAUGAUUAUACAAAGAAUGUGCUGUACAGGGGAUGGACACCAGUUUUGUCUGCAUUAUUCAUUAGUGGAACUGGUGGUUUAGUACUGGAUCAAGCAGUAAACCAAUUUCCAGGAUAUGUAACUUUUCAGCCUAUUAUCAAUGGCAUUGGUGGCAACUUAGUCUCAGUUCAAGCCAGCAGAACCUCAACUAUGCUCCAUAAAACAUCCAUCAAAGGAGUAAUUCCUCCUCACACAAAACAAUGGGUGGCUCCAUGGACGGCUCUACUUUCUGGAGUGUUUCCAGCCAAAACAGCAAGGCUUCUCCUGGCAAUGUCAGUUCCUGGUCAGGUAGUAUUUGUUUUAGCAGCAGAUCUAAUUUCCAAUGAUGGACAACUCACUGCAAAAUUUCCUUUUGUGUUAGCAUACCUUAGCGUUAGUCUAAUUCAAUUGAUGAUCCUUCUCUAUACUGCCCACUUGAUGGUCCACACCAUGUGGAAAAUGAAAAUAGAUCCUGAUAACUCAGCUAUUCCUUAUUUGACUGCUUUAGGUGAUUUGUUGGGUAGUACUCUCCUGUUGAGUGCUUUCGUUUUAUUAAAAAGUUUAAAUUGGGAGUAUGACAGUUCGUCAGAGUGAAGUUUUGAUAGAAUUUUUAUGAAUUUCAAUUAAAGUGGUUGUUGUAGGUUGGUUUAUUUGGUAAGAAGUAAAUAGUUUAUUUUAUAGUUGUAUAUAGUUAAGUGCUAGAUACUUAUUUUGAACUUUACUGCUGCAGAUAUUAUGUGAUUUGAUGGUCUAACCAUGCUAUAUAACAGCCAACCAGUUAUUUGUACUACUGUGCAAGUGGAAGACUAAAAAUUUGAGUGUAUCAAUGAUGCAGUAACAAAGAUUAGCAAUAGUAUUGUUCUUAGGUUCAAAAGUUUUCUAUAUUUUCAAAAGCCCUUUCAAAAAUGACGUCAAAAUGAAAAAUAAUUCAGUAUACCUAAGCCAUUUAUGACUAUUUAAAAAAUGCUUUCUUAUUUAUUGUUUUUUUUACUAAUUCGUACUUGUAUAUGUUUUAAUGAAUAGACAUUUUCAAUUUAGGUUAUAGUUAGGUUUUAAAAUUAGUAUUAUAGUGCUGGGGAUAUUAUUUAGGACAGAAUAGUUUAACCACAAAUAAGUAUUAUAAAAUAAAUAUUUUUGAAAAGUUGGAUUUUGGCACAAGUCUGGUAAGCCUGUCUAAAUGAAGCAAAGAAAGUAAGAUAAAUGAUUCCUUAAUUAUUCUACACUAAUUGUUGUUGUGUAUUAAAUGUUGUCGCUUUUAGAUAAUAGUUAUUUUUAUUGUUGUACUAGCUGAUCUUAUUUAAAAGUUUAAAAAAGUAAUUGGCUGUGUUUACUGAGAAGUAGCUAAACUAUUAAUAUUUUCAUAUUGCAAAAAAUUAGAUAAGUGUUAUAAUAGGUAAUAAAUAAAAUUAUUUUACAUUAAA